CCCCCGGCUGGCCAGGAGUGGCCCCUCACGCGGGUUCUCCCCACGUUUCUCAGCCUGUGGCAUUGAAGCUCUGGGACACCAUGGCCCAGGGCCUGGGGGAAAACCUGGCGCAAGCUUCAGAGCUGCAGGAUGACUCUAGCUCUCUGGGGUCCGACUCCGAGAUGAGCGGGCCCGGCCCGUAUCGCCAGGCUGACCGCUAUGGCUUCAUUGGGGGCAGCUCAGCAGAGCCAGGGCCCGGUCACCCCCCUGCAGACCUUAUCCGCCAACGGGAGAUGAAGUGGGUGGAGAUGACCUCGCACUGGGAAAAAACCAUAUCCAGGCGGUACAAGAAGGUAAAGAUGCAGUGCCGGAAAGGCAUCCCCUCAGCUCUGCGGGCCCGGUGCUGGCCCCUGCUGUGUGGAGCCCACGUGUGUCAGAAGAACAGCCCUGGCACCUAUCAGGAGUUGGCAGAGGCCCCUGGAGACCCACAGUGGAUGGAGACCAUUGGCAGGGACUUGCAUCGCCAGUUCCCUCUGCACGAGAUGUUUGUAUCGCCCCAGGGCCACGGGCAGCAGGGGCUCCUGCAGGUACUCAAGGCCUACACUCUGUAUCGGCCGGAACAGGGCUACUGCCAGGCCCAAGGACCUGUGGCUUCUGUGUUACUCAUGCACCUGCCUCCGGAGGAGGCCUUCUGGUGCUUGGUGCAGAUCUGUGAGGCCUAUCUCCCCGGCUACUACGGGCCCCACAUGGAGGCUGUGCGGCUGGACGCUGAGGUGUUCACGGCACUGCUGCGACGGCUACUCCCGCGUGCACACAAGCACCUACAGCAGGUGGGCGUAGGGCCCCUGCUGUACCUGCCCGAGUGGUUCCUGUGCCUCUUCGCCCGCUCUCUGCCCUUCCCCACGGUGCUGCGUGUCUGGGACGCCUUCCUCAGUGAGG